AUGAACUUGCAUUCCUGGAUGAAAAGCCACGCUGAGACGGAAAUUGAAGCUCGGAAGGGAGUUCGGGCGAGGAUGGGAAUUCAGGCGAAGUUUGAGGUUCGGGCGAGGAUGGGAGUUCGGGCGAAGAUACAUUGCCAGAUUGACGGGGUGGAAAGCCAAGACCAGACGGAGGGUCAAGAUAAGGUGGAGAUCGAGGAGAGGAUGGAGGAUGAGGCGAAGGUGGAGGAUGAAGAACUGCAGGCGGAGGUCCAAGAUGGGGUGGAGGCUCCGGCUGAGAUGGAGGUUGAAGGGGAGGAACUGGAGAACCUUCUCUAG